UGACCUGACCAGAUUAUAACCCGCAAAUUGAACCGAACCCGACUCGAACCCGAGAUUGACCCUAACCCGUUUUAAUCCGAAUUAAACUCGACCUAUUAUUCACCCGACCCGAAUGUAACCCGGUCUGUUAUUAACCCGACCCAAACCCGAUAAGAUGACCCGACGUUACCCGACUCAAGCAUGACCCAACCCGAACCCAACCCAUAUAGGUUACGACAUUAAUCAGAAAUGAUCCGAUCCGAGUUGAUCCAAACCCGACCUAUUUACCCGAAUUAACAGCUUUUUUUUUAACACAAAAGGGAAAAGCAUAUACCACGUAUUACAUAAAUACGGCAGCAGCCAUAUUAACAAAAUACAAUUCUUUCUUUCAAAAAAAAAAAAAAAAUACAAGAUCGCGCCAAUACACAAAAGCUUGCAAGAAUAGCGUUAGGUUGCCCAAUUUUCCCUUCUUCGAUCAAAUAAUCUCUCUCCUUUGAAUCAUUGACGUGUACGCUGAUUUUCCCCAAUUUUCCCUUUUUCGAUCAAUAUCAAGUCAACGCUUUUUCCUCCAUUGAAGCGUAAUUUGAGCUCUCCUCCAUUAAACAGCUUCUUGAGAUGGAGAAUGCGCAAUUCGAGUUAGUUUUUGAGAAAUAUCUUACUGCAUCUGAUGUCAAUAAAAGUUUAAAUCAGUUCAUCAUCUUAAAGGAUGAUUUUGUUAGGUUUAGAACAAUGUUGCCUCCGGAUUAUGAACAAACUAUAUCGGGUGGAGAUAAAAUCAUUUUCUUGGCACAAGAUCAAAAUGGCGGACUUUGGCGGUUUUCUUGCAAAGAAAUUAAAGGAAAUCAGGGUAAACUAUUUGGAAAGUGGAUCAAAUUUGUUGAAGCUAAUAACAUCGUCGAGAAUACCCACUUAAGAUUUGAGUGGGCGGCAGCCGAUAAAAGGGCUAGGCUUACGUUUCAAUUGCCAAUUGUAUAUGGCGGAUUACAAGUGGAACCCAAUCCGAUUACAGAUCUUAUUGACUUCGAAAAUCUGGAACCUGAAAAUCUGGAACCUGAAAAUCUGGAAAUGUUACCCAAUCCGACUCCAAUUCAAGCAAUGGGUCCGAACCCAAAUGAAGGAAUUGGUUCUGAUUCUAUCGACAGUUUGACAGCUCUUAUUGACUUCGAAAAUCUGGAACCUGAAAAUCUGGAACCUGAAAAUCUGGAAAUGUUACCCAAUCCGACUCCAAUUCAAGCAAUGGGUCCGAACCCAAAUGAAGGAAUUGGUUCUGAUUCUACCGACAGUUUGACAGCUCUUAUUGACUUCGGAAAUCUGGAACCUGAAAAUCUGGAACUCAAUGCUCCACUCAAUAAUGAAGCUGGAUCAGGAUUCUUUGAAGGGGAAUCUCUACCUCCUCAAUCGGGAGCAGUCAACUCUCUCAAUCAAGCUGUAUCAUUCAAUACUCUAGGGGAUGUUGAUAUGGUCAAUAUGAAUGAAAGUAAUGCUCCACUCAAUAAUGAAGCUGGAUCAGGAUCCUUUGUACCUACUCAAUUGGGAGCAGUCAACUCUCUUAAUCAAGCUGUAUCAUCCAAUACUCAAGAGGGUGUUGAUUUGGUCAAUAUGAAUGAACGUUUGACCAAGAGAAUAAAGACUAUGCAAGGUACAAUUCAAGAGUGUCUCGGUGUGAUCGCUCCAUGCAUAUCAAACAUACAAUCCGAGACCGGUAAGAUGGCAGCAGCUCUACAAGAAUUGGAGAAGCUGCUGGCUCCUUAUGACCCCUCAACGGUCUAAAUGAAAAUAUCUGUCUUUCGAACAAACUAGGAUUCAUGUUUCUGUGUACAGUAUCAAUUGUAUAUUUUUUUCCAGUUUGAUUAAUGUUACCGGUUGAUGCACCAAAUAGCAACCUGCCCCUAUUGUUACAUGAGAAAUGUUGAUGUCUCACUUGUAAUUACACCUUGUUAACACUUAUAAAAACAUUAAUUUUGUUAUAUGACAAAUGCAACUUUCGAUUUUUCUCCA